AUGGUCAAAGUUGCAAUUCUUGGUGCCUCUGGUGGUGUGGGACAACCACUAUCGUUGCUACUAAAAUUAUGCCCUUACGUUUCCGAACUAGCCCUGUACGACAUCAGAGCUGCGGAAGGUAUUGGUAAAGAUUUAUCUCACAUUAACACCAAUUCAAGCUGUGUUGGUUAUGACAAAGACAGUAUUGAGGGCACUUUAUCAAACGCUCAAGUGGUCCUCAUUCCAGCCGGUGUUCCCAGAAAGCCUGGUUUAACCAGAGAUGAUUUGUUCAAGAUGAACGCCGGCAUUGUCAAAAGCUUGGUGACUGCCGUUGGAAACUUUGCUCCAAAUGCGAGGAUCUUAGUCAUUUCCAACCCCGUUAAUAGUCUGGUCCCUAUCGCCGUGGAGACUUUGAAGAAAAUGGGCAAGUUCAAACCUGGGAACGUUAUGGGUGUGACGAAUCUUGACUUGGUACGUGCAGAGACCUUUCUGGUAGACUAUUUGUUGUCAAAAAAUCCUACUGUUGGACAAGAACAGGAUAAGACUACAAUGCAUAAGAAAGUCACUGUUAUUGGAGGCCAUUCUGGUGAAACAAUUAUCCCAAUAAUCACCGACAAAUCACUGGUAUUUCAGCUUGAUAGGCAGUACGAGAACUUCAUCCAUAGGGUCCAAUUUGGGGGUGACGAAAUUGUAAAAGCUAAACAGGGCGCCGGUUCCGCCACACUGUCUAUGGCGUUCGCGGGGGCCAAGUUCGCUGAAGAAAUUUUGAGAAGUUUCUAUAAUGAGAAACCAGAAACGGAGUCGCUGUCUGCAUUCGUCUAUUUACCGGGCUUGAAAAACGGUAAGAAAGCGCAGAAAUUAGUCCGUGACAGCUCUUUAGAGUAUUUUUCUUUGCCAAUUGUCCUGAAAAAUGGCACCAUAGUAUCCAUCGAUACCGAUAUCUUAGAGAAGUUGUCUCCAAGGGAGGAACAAUUGGUUGAUACUGCGGUUAAAGAGCUACACAAGAAUAUUGAAAAGGGUAAGAGCUUCAUCCUAGACUCUUCCAAGCUAUGA